UUUAUAUUUAAUUUUUCACCAUAUUUAUAAUUUGGAUAAAAGUUUAAAUUCAUAAUGAGUGUUUAUAACUUGUGGGACAAAGAUGCAAAAGAGCCUAAGUUAAAAAACUCACUUUCAUCGGAUUGGACAUUUAAAUCACCAGUAGCCACUCCACGAUCUUCGUCACCGCCAAGCAGAACAGGGGAAACAAUUUUCAACAAAUAUAUUGAUUUGGUUCAUUCAAAAUCGAAUAUAUCAACAGAAGCAAAACAAACUGAACCCCCAGAAAGACCUUUUGACUUUUUUGAUGAUGAGGAGUUUGCCUUUGGGAUCAAUUUAUUGAAUAACAAUGUCGCCUGUGUUGGUGAUAAUAUUACAAAAUUGAUUCAAAUGGCUCAGGAGCCAUGGCCGGACAACGUCAAGCUGUUCCAGCCGUACGAAGUGGAGCAGAUACUGCUGCCGGAUAACGCCAGCUGUCUAGCAGUACAGGCUUUCUUGAAGAUGUGCAACCUCCCCUUUGAUGUGGAAAUGCGUUGGAACGCCGAAUUCAUGUCGCCAUCCGGCCGCGUACCUUUCAUCAAGUGCGGCGCCUUUGUGGUGUCGGAGUUGGAACCAGUAGUACAGUUUGCGGCUAAUAAAGGCGUUUCGCUGUGCGCUAGAUUACCGGCUGAGGAGAAAGCGGAGAUGAGGGCGUAUAUGAGCUUGAUUACCAAUGUGCUGGUGAACGCUGAGCUCUACAUAUCCUGGCUUGACGAUGAAACAUUCAACGCCGUCACAAAAGUGCGCAACUCCUCAGUGUACCCGUGGCCUCUAGGCUGGAUCCAGACGCGCGCCAAACGCAACGCUGUGGCGAAGCGGCUGAAGGCGCUGCAUUGGCACGAUAAGAGCUUGGAACAAGUUUUGGCUGAUGUCGAGCAGUGCUGUAACUCGCUAAGUCAAAGGCUCGGGGAAAGGGACUACUUCUUCGGAACCCCGUCAGAACUAGACGCCCUAGUCUUCGGCCAUGUAUUCACGAUCAUCACCACGCGGUUACCUUGCCGUAAGCUGGCCGAAACCGUCCGCCGUCACGAGAGCCUGGUAGCUCUGGCCAAGAGGAUCGACGAGCAGUACUUCAAGCGACCAUAGCGUGAGGUUUUCAGGGACAUUUCUACAGUCUUCAAAAGCCCCUGAAGUAUCCCUGAAGUUUUGAAAUAACGGACACUGCAUUAGUGAUGUGUUUGUAGAUAAUAAAUAAAUACCCUACAUUUUAGGGUAGGUUGCUAUGUCAUUUUUACAGCUAUGGGCAUUUUGGUAUAUUUGUAAGGUUAUUUAGCUUUUUAACCGACUGUGAAAAGGAUAAUUUUGUAACCGAUCUGUAUAUUUACUACCUUGUAAAUAAUUCUUAUACUUGAUCCAAGACCAUCCUUUUUCAUUUUGCAGUGUAACAUCAAGAUACUUACUAUUAAGCUUUAAAUUUUAGCUUUCUUUGUAAGGAAUGUUUUUCGGCGAAUUACAUACUUGUAAUUAUCACGUUCGAGCUUUUUAUUGCAUAAUUUUGCAUUUGUAAAUACUUACAAUAAUAUGGCUAAGUCGAGAUUUUGUUUUAUGGCAACAUUGUCUCAGU